AGAACUAAGUUGAUCGCUUCGGUUGAAAGUCGCGGGAAAACCUCCGUGCGCGGGUAUACGAGACAGAUUGCAACGAGGGUGUUUGACGUGUUUUGUUGUUUCCGUACAAGUCAUGUGCUAAGUUGCUUGGUUUUCAUUGAACUUCGAGAAUGACGCGAUGAUUAUUGGAAUACACAAUGAAUAACUAAUUUUCACAGAUUCAGGUGUCGUAGAGUAUGCUUAGACAGGCUAAGUUUAGAACAUCUGAUGGAAGAGAAAUUUAUUCAGCCUGUGUCAACAGCAUGUAAAAAUAGACAAGAAGCAUUUCUUAACAUUUAGGUUGCUGUUUACUAAUGAAGCUAUGCGCUUUACAAGAAAUGAUUUAGCCAUUGGUUUCCAGCUAUGCUUCGUUUUUCUUCACAUAACCUUAGUCUGCUGCUUGCCUGACGGGGAUUUGUGCCGAUGGAUGAACGGACGCAAGUACUACAUAGAUGUGGGGGAGUCGGGACUCAUCGUCUUAGAAAACGCGACCAGUGUGACGUCACAGGGCUCGUCCGCUGAUCCUCAGCCACAGAUUCCGCAGCGAUGCAGCGUCGAGCUAAUCACGUGCCCCUCGUGCCAUUUGGAAAUCGAUGUCCUCAAGCUCGCUGUACCCACGUGCUCUGGUGACAAGACUUGCCGAUGCGAUUUCUUGUGGAUCAAGGAAUCUGCAUACAGCAAGUCUGGGCGAGAGUUUUGUGGUUUCAAAGAGAACUCGUCUACUGAGCUCACAUACGAGUCCAAGACUAAGCUCGUGUCCAUUGAUUUCCUGUUCAGCGGCUCCUACAAAGAAGCUUUCGUCCUACAGUUUAGUGCCAAAAAGAACUUGUACAUCUUCAAAGGUGGCUACGACUCUCCAGCAGGUGGCAAUGCUUCCGGCACCAUCCAGAGUCCCAACUUCCCCGGUGGCUAUCCGAGCGACUACAGCGCCGAAUUCGUUCUGCAGAAUGUGGAUUUGAGUGGCUUUGUACAGCUCAUAUUUACAGACUUCCAACUUUCCCUUUGGUCUUACGUCGAAAUUUUUGAUAGCAAUGGAACCCGCAUUGAUGUGUACAAUGGAAAUACGUUCCGUCCUCCAGCCAUCAUAUCGUCCGGACCCACCUUAACCGUCAAGUUCCAGGCAAAUGACGAGUACCCUAGCUCGGGAUUUCAAGCGAAGUACAAAUUUGUCAGCUUUCCAGAAAGAUUUUGGAUUCACAAGCCUUCAACAGACUGUGGUGGCUACGUUGAGGAUUUUGGAGGAGCCAUAACAAUGAUGAACAUGGUGCCAGCACACAGUGUUCGCCUCUUCGACUGCAUCUGGCUCAUUCGCCCACGCAACUCCCAUGUGCCAGAAACUCAAGUGUCCAUCAGGGUGGCCCAGUUCGAAGAAAUGGGUCCAAAAUCUACUUUAAGCAUUCGACAAGGGCAGCAUUCUGACGCCCCACUUCUUGAGUCUGUGACCAGCUACCAACAUCAGAAAAUGCCCCGAGGUCAAGAGUUCGUCGUGCCUGCUACAAGUGGGUUCUACAUACGACUCGUUGGAUACUUCACGAAUAAAUCGCAUAUGGCCAUAAUUUACACCACUUUCCGAUAUGAAGGUUGCUACGCCCUUUCUGAUUUUGAAUGCGACAAUGGACGAUGCAUAAAGAAUGCCUUAAGAUGUGAUGGUUUUAAUAAUUGUGGUGACGGUUCAGAUGAAGCUUCCUGUUAUGGUGCCAAUCUGGGAACAGCCAUACCACCAGAAGAUGCGAAUUGGUGGAGAACCUUAACUCCGAAUUACUACUUCCCCAAAGUGGACUCGAAUUCUGGCAUCGGCACCAACACUCUCAUCUUGGUGACCAGCUUGGCAGGUCUCGGGAUAUUUGUGCUCACCACGGUCAUGAUACUGGUUAAACUACACAAGCAGAGGCACGACGAUAGCAUAAGCAGGGAAAUACUUCAUACUAUCAGUGCGGAUCUUGAUGCUGAAAAUUCUCCUAGUCAUCAAAGCAGUUCUGAUCUUCCAUUGUAUGAUCCUCCGCCAUCUUACGAAGACGUGAUCAAGCUGUACUUACACCCCCACCUCCACCAUACAGCAAGCAUCAAUCGCAAUCGACCCAGAAUGCACAGAAACCGUGCCACUGGAGUUGAAAACCGCGGGGUUACCGAAAUGAUAGCCCUAAUGCUGUCCGUGGUCAGCAACGAAGAUGCAGAACUUCACAUUCUUCCAGAAUUGUUCCACAGGAUGCAAACCGUCCUCUGAUUCUCAAAGUCUCUUUGCCAGAAGAGCAAACUACCUCCUCUUCUAGAAAUGUCUGUGAUACUGCAGGAAGGAUUACUUUCUUGGAUCAACAGGAAACCCACCCCACCGUACAAGUAGGUGAGGAGCAUAUCCAAAAGUCUGCCCCUUUUGGUUUGAAAAACGAGAUUUCAGACAAUAGCGAUGAAAAAAGCAUAAAUGCGUCAGGCAAGGUAAAUGAGUCUUCACUUGGUGUGCAGGAAAACUCUGAAAAAGGAUUGGACUCUCAGUUUUGUGAAUGUCAAGGUGCAUGUUCCUGUCAAUUAAUAAGCAAGAUGGAAACCAGUAGAUAGGUCAAGCAGUGAUAGCAAGGCAUUGUCCAGUAGAGAAAGCUCGAACAGUUCGUCUUCAGAAAAAGUGACCAAAAAAGCGUAGUUUUAAGGACAUGAUCCAAAAAGGGAUUAAUCAGGCUUCUUCAAGUGCAAUAAUACCUCAUCCAGCUGCUAUGACUAUAAACGUUCGCCCUCCUAAAUCGAAAAAAUCCGACACACAUUCAGACCCGAAGUCCAAAAGUGCUGGGCCAUCUUCUCCAACAUCAACUACGCAUUCAGAACAUGAAAUGGGUGUGAAAGAGAAUUCCGGCAACGACCGUCCAGAGAGUUUUUAUCACAGAAGAUCAUCAUCUGGCCCUUCAGAAUUGAAUACAUGUUUGGAGACGUUUGUUACAAAAUCGAAUACUAGUGCUGAGUGUACUCAAGAUAAAAUUGCACCUGAGAAUCGGUUGCCGUUUGAUGUGCCCCAUUCUUUUAAAGUAUCACAGAUUGCAUCUGCACUGCUGGAUAGUCUGCAUUCAAACACUAGCUGUAAGACUGAAAAUGUUUCAACUCCCUUCCCAACCAUAUCAAAAGAGGAGGAAAAAAACAUCUCACCACCAAACUGGACUAACUUAUGGCUGCCCUCUAGGAAGCGAACAUCAGCAGAGAUUGGAGAAGCCUCUCUCUCAAAGGGAGCAGACACGUUGCCUUUACUCUCGAAUGGGUCCCAGUCGCCUGUAAUAGUCAAAUUUGACGACAGGUCUUCACAGGAAUCGAAAUCAUCAGAAGCGAAUCAAAAAGCUCAGGAGCCUGAUAACACAGUUCUUGCUUAAUCUGAAAUUUGUUUCCUAUAAUUAUCAUGCCUAAAUUCAUUAUGAUCUAUAUCAUGCCAUCAUUGACACAUCAUUCUUGCAGCUUAAACUUAUUAUGUAAAUAGAAACUAUUAAAAAUGUUAUAAAAA